UUGUUGGGAGAAGUCGAUGGAGAGGAGACUCGGCUUUGGAUGAGACCAGCUUGCGGAGGAAUUGGGACAGUGUUUCAUGUUCCUGAAAUCGUCGAUAGAUCGUUGGUGCGCGGUGUUGCGAUCGAAUCGGGAUCGCCAGUGAUCGUGAAAUUUGAAAGCUGCUGGCCGAGCGUGUGGCUGGUAGGGCGAGAAGCCCGAUCGACCAAGGAUCGUUCGAACGGGGGUGUCCCUUUCACCGGAACAGCGGUGCUGAUCCUCGGCAUGAAGGACACGCACUGGCCGGUGUUCGUCUGCGUUCUAAUGGCGACGACGGUGCUUUCCUGUCGGCAAAGCGAGUUUCAAUGCAACAACGGGCGCUGCGUCGCCCUCAACAAGGUGUGCAACGUCGUCGACGACUGCGGCGACGGCAGCGACGAACCACGACAAUGUUCUCCCUGCAAUAAAACAUACUACGGGGACGUGGGUAAAACUUACGACCUGGAGCUCCAUCGACCGAAGGAGGACAAGGUGCCUUACAUUUGCAAGCUCACCUUCAGCGCACCGGGCGGCGAUCUGGGAGACAUCAUACAGUUGACGUUCGACAGCUUCACCCUGGGGAAAUUCGUGUCGUUCACGGCGGAGGGCUGCCCGGACGGAUCGCUGCAGAUUUCGGAGGCCCAACGGCCGGACGUUGGUGGCCUCUGGUGCGGAACGUCCUGGGGUCCCGCGAUUUACUACAGCGAAACCCAGACCGUCUCCAUCACGCUGAAGCUGCUCAGGCUCAGUAAGGAUCAGACGGGAUUCAAUUUCGACUUCAGGAUGGUGUACAAGAUGAUCAGGAAGUCGGACGCCGUGGCACGCUACGGGAAUCCAUUCGUCGGUAUAACGCAGCCGACAGGAACACCAUCUUCGACGGAACUGACUUUGUCGACGUCCUCGAGCGACUACGCGAACAGCUCGAUGGCGAUGCCGGUGCAGAUGGUCGAACAGCCAUCGACCACGACGAAAGCAAGCAGCGAGCAGUACCUCGGGGAUCUGAUAUCCGGAACCUACUGUUCCCGCAUAUUCAGCGACUGCGACCGGAAGAAGUGCAGACUACAGUCUCCCAACUUUCCCGGAUUGUACCCGCGCAAUCUCACCUGCUACUACGCGGUGAGGCAGCACGACGUACCAGCAGGGAAACACGCCUUAAUCUCCGUGAAACAGCCCCGGGGCCAAUUGGUGGCCAUAAGAGCGCGGCCAGCCACUCAAGCGGAAUCAUCGCCUCGCGAACUUCGCCUGUGGAAGGACUGCGAUGUGGUUCAGGACUACGUGACCGUGUAUGAUGGCUACACGACCCGGGACCCGGUGAUCCUCAAGUUCUGCGGAGGUGGUGAGCCGGUGCCGGAAGCCACUAGCAGCGGAACCGAGAUCCUGGUCGAGUUCACCACGUCUCCUUACGGCACGUUCCUGCAUCCAACGCCGCCGCAUUCGCUCCACGGCUUUCAAUUAGAAGUGCAAGUGAAGUUCGUGGACGCCGACUCGCCGACGUACGCGAAGAACAAACAUUGCGAGUUCUGGCUGCAAGGCAGCGGGGGUGGUGUGCUCGCAUCUCCACGGCAUUCCUUGCCACGGAACAGCACGUGCCUGUAUCAUCUUCGCGGCGCUGGGCCGGCGCUUCCAAGUCCAACGCCACCGCGUCCUUUGCCCAAGUUUCCAGAGCAGAGGCCGGGAACCGUGUGGAGGAGACUGCCACCGCAACCACCUCAGCCGCAGUUCCGCGUCUGGCUGUCCAUCCUCAAGUUCCACGUAGGCACCAGCUUGUCAAGCAGCGACGAGGACUGCUCCACCACCCUUAUGGUGUGGGACGGCGAGAUGAUGCCACUCUCCGAGUGCUACGAUCUUGCCUGCGAGAAAGAACACCAACGUUACGGAGACAGAUCCGCCGAGCCAUCGCACCCUCAGGCAGCUCGCCCCGCUGGAAACACCACCCUGUUGGCGCGUUAUUGCAAGGACAAGGUGCCGCGAACCUGCGACCACGCCAUCCUACAGAACACCAGUCGCCCCUGUUCCCUUGGCGAGAGUUUCGUAUCCAGCGGAAGCAGUUUGACCAUCGAGAUGCGGAUGGUCGAGUCGACGGCUCUCAGGCCAGUAAAUUUUCGCGCGCUCUACGAAUUCGUGGAUCUGCACCAGGACGGCGAUCCUUACGGGAGCGAGCCGUGUUCGAGGAUCUUCUACAGCCGCAAUCGGGAUCAUUACCCCGAUCGUAGAUUCCAGGCGCCACGUGACAUUUUCCUUUAUGGCCGUGGCGGUGCGAAAAAUAUGAGCUGCGUGUACAGAUUCGAGGGCGAGCACGACGAGAUCGUGAAGCUGCGGUUCAACAAGCUGUUGAACGGAAACCGGACGUGCCGCAGCGUCUCCAGUCCGGACUUUAAUCGGCUGCUCUGCGUCGGAUCGGACAACUUCUCCGUGAAGGUGCUCGAUCUUCCAUGGCCGAACGCUCCGCCUGUCCAACGGGAUUGCCUCUGCUCCAACCGAUCCCUACCGAUGAACGUCAAGUCCACCUCGAAUAUAGUCGAGGUACACUUCACCGUCAAGUCUAUGGACGCGUUGGAUGACUAUAAUAAUCUGUUCUUCGAGGGAACCUGGGACUUUAUCAAGACCAGCCCUUGCAUGCAGAAGCGAAGAGUGAGGGGACCAUCCGGAGAGAUCAAGUAUAAGGUGCCGGUUAUAGACGAGGAUGAGAAAAACUGCGAGAAGCAUCCAUGGCUGAUCGAUCCAGGGCCGAACCAAUAUCUCUACGUGAAAAUGCACGGCACGAUAAUGUCGAACACGAGCAAAUGCGCGACGAAGAACCGGAUCGUCGUGCACACCGGUGGCGCGAUCCACGUGUCGGUGUGCCCGAAACCACCUGCGGAAUCGAGUCACCACGUGGUCGAGGUUUUCAGUGACGGCUGGGCCGUCAGCAGCAACGCGAUGAUCCUAGCACCGGGCCAAGAUCCCGUCAGGACUAUAGCCGUCGAAUUUAUCGUCAAGGAACCGGAGACCUACACGGUCACCUGGCUCGAGCUCAGUAGAAGACCAUCGGUGACGUCGAGCGCAGGGCUGCAGAUGCCACGCGACUGCGAGCAGCGGUGCCCCGAGCUGGACGCGUGCAUAAACGCAUCGCUGUGGUGCGACGGGAUCUCCCAUUGUCCAUCGGGCUACGACGAGGCUCUGACCCACUGCUCGGUCCUCCUGCAGCUGCCGCCUCUGCACCUGGCCAUCGGCAUCCUCGCGAUCGUCACGAUCAUCGGCGUGAUCUGCUUCUUGAUCUGGCGAAUCUGCAGGCAACGGGCGAACCGAUCGAUAUCGCAGCACCGGCUGAAGAGCAUCUCCUCGGAGACGGCGAUCAUCGACGGGAAGGAAGUGAUUUGCUGACACAGCGACAGUUCUGUGCGAUACGUCGAGGUCGACCGGGUGACCACCGUGUGACGAUCGCCCACGGUCGUCCCAUUCGUCGCUCGUCGUGGCGUCGUCGCGUCCCAUUUCGCGUCCUCUUGAAGGGGACGCCCGUUCCGGCGCCACGACGACGCCCGCCUCCGCGUAACGCGCAGAACUGCUCUGCUACCGGUAUACUUCGCAGGAGACCUAGACUCUGCUCCAAAAGGACGGUUCGCUGCUCGAUGACCUGCACCGGCUUGCGCUUUCUUUCUCGUACACGGAUAGGUCCACGGUGUUUGCGCGCUUCUUUUGACGUCUUUGGUUGAGUGAGAAUCGACUCGGAUCCUGGGCAUUUCAAAGGCAGCUUCGACGACAGACGCGCGCACUCCGGGAUAGAUGCUUGUAGAUAUUUUAGGAGGAUGGACCAGAGCUGUUGAUAUCUUCCAUAUCAGUUUCUGUAUUUUCUGACACUUUAAGGCUUCCUUUGGCUUUGACUUCUGACAUUUUAGAGCGUCCUUGGAUUUUUCUUCAUCGAGAACAAAAUCAUGAGAAUGGCGUCUUUGUCUUCUUCGUGAUCCAGGUUAACCCAAAUAAAUUGCCGAGCACCUCGCGUGCUUUCUUCGAUCGCUUUCGUUCGCUAUCCUUCGUCGAUUGGUUCGAAGAGUAUCGCAUACGUUGAUCGAGAACUUGAACAGCCCCGGUCCAUUCCUCCGAGCUGAUUAUUAUUUACGCCGAGAGCACAGGACGACGCAUUUCCGAGGAUUUCUCGGUUAGAAAGUCAUCGAAACUCGAGGAAUCGAGUUGCUUGAACGAGGACAAUAAGUAAUGAGAUCCUAGUGAUAUCGUUUCGCUGGUAGCGUAGCUAACUUUUUGUCUCCGACGACCAGAUGAUAUCGACCCAUCGGUAGAUCUUACGAUGGCCGAUCGAUCGAUACCUGGAUCGUACGUAUUGGCAUGGUAGAGGAGCCUGAAAUUCUGUUGGACUUCGCGCUCGAUUAAACGCCGACCCAACGAAGAGGAGAAGAAGAUGUCGGUCCGUGGCAUCGAGCAGGGAACCAACAAGAAAUACUCGCACUAUGGUCGUUCGAUCGUCCGUCGAGGUGAUGUCUCGAUGAGGACGGAAGACGCGGUUUUAAGCACGAGCCAGUGGCUCCUCUCUCUCCUCCGCUCUCAUGCUCCCUUUUGGUAAGCGCGCGAGAUCCUCUGUAAAACGCUCGGUCGAAGUCGCGCGUGUUCGGAUGAACUACCGCUGCUUUCAUCGUGAUUCGCGUAAAUCGAUGGUAACCAUGAAAUUUUCAUCUCAGAUUCUCUUUUUCUUCUUUUUUCUCCUUUCUUCUUUUUUUUUUUCGUCGACUCGAUAGAGACUCUGUCUUUGAGAAGAGAGCGAAACGUUGUCGUCUCUAUCGAUUGUAUCAACGUCAACAGGGGACGAUGAGAGCAGAAAAAUUGAAUAAUCUCGCUCUCGCUUCGUCCUUUCACUCGCGAAUUACUUUGGAAAAGAGUUUUUCGAAUUCUAUACGCGAGUUUAGCACGUCUAUUCGAGCAAUUCGUAGAAGAGUCGCCAGAAACUAUCGUCUUUGAAAUUUUGUUAUCGGGAAAAAGAAGCGUUUACACGAGAGAAACCUACGAAGAUGAGUCGACUUAGCAUGAUCGACGUUGAUCACGAUGGAACAGUAUGGAUAGUAAGCCUAUCCGGGAACUAUAGAUACUGACCAAAUGUUUCGAGUGAUUACCGUUUAGACGACUUAAUGAUACUGUCACACUAGCGAUAAGACGACUUCGGGAAGAACGAGUACGAAGAAAAUGACGUAGAAGUAUGGUAGCCUGAAAUUAUGUGAUAUAUAUAAUGCUGUUUUUCACGGAGCUGUGCUCCGUUUAAUAAUGAUUGUUACACCCUGGCCAAAGGGGUCGUCGGCGACGAGAAUCGAUGUAAGCGCCAGGAGGGAAAUUCUUUUUCGGCUCGUAGAAUUGAUGCCGCGACGACACCCGAUGCCAUAACUUGUACACCAUGUUCAUACUUGUACAUAACUGAUUAUUUAUCUAUUUGUAUCGGGUAACACGACACGUUCGUGCACGCGUGUCCGUUCGCAGUUUUCGCGCUUCUCGCCUUUCAAAUUUCUAAUUAUGUCACCGGCUGCGCGUGAAGAAAGACGCGACUUUGAUCGAAAGUAUACUUUACCUUGGAAAUUCUGCCCACUUAUUCGCAAUUUCAAUUGCUAUAAAUCAAAUGGUAGGAUGAUAGAUGAAGAGAUUUCAACGAUCGUUUCGAGUUCGAAAGUUGUACCGUCGAAUGCAAUUUAAUUCCGCUCUUCUGUUCUUUCGUAAUGGAUCGCUGCGAACGGAGACUCGUUCGAAACCGCUUUACUACUAGCCGAUAAGCGUAGAGCUCGCGAAGCGCAGAAGCAAAAACGAACGAACAAAGCCGACGGAAGAUACGAGGCGAAGCGAAGGGAACCAGAGGCAAACCGAAAACGAUCCAAGAAAAAAAACUAACGACCGGUCAGCUAACUGAAAGCACCGCCAUCGUUUCCCGCUGUGUUCAGCGUGCACGUCAACCACAUCGCUCGGUGAAGGAAAAUCGACGGGACGUCUGCGCUACGAAAGCCACAAUCGACGACCGUUCGGUAACCGGCCCUCCAUUAUACGUUCAUGAAAAGACAAUCGUUAACGUAUUCCGCGUGGAAUCGCAUCUUUUUCACUCGAUUUAUUAAUUCCAUAUGCUUUGAACGAGCCGUCGACGAGCCACAUCGGCGGCGUUCAUCGGCUCAUCCGACACCCCCUCCACGCGAAUAAUUCUCGGCUAACGAACAAAAUCAAAAUAAAGUUCGACGAAAUCGCGCGAUUCGUUCGAUAUUUCGGCCGUACGGUUCUUUAGGUCUAAGUCGUUCGAAAGAUUUUAUAGUAAUUUUGAAGAAUUCCUCCGCGUACUGGGCGGCAACGUCGGCCGACGCGUCCACAUCGACGCGACGAUGCAAAGAAAAGAGGGAACGGAGGAAAUUUCUCGUCGAGUUGUCACCGGAUUUCGUCCUUACGAGAAGACUUGUCCACUGGGACGAUGAAAAAAGUAUAUAGGAAAACGCACGCAUGCUUUAUUUCAUACCCAAGUUGAUUAUAGUUCAUUCGCCGCGUUAUCUCACGUUCCACUCCAUACGAAUCGAUGAAGCGGCGCUUGUACGCGCGAACAACCGUCGAUCUCGAUCGAGAACGAACUCGUGCAACGAACCAUUCUCGUCAUUCUGCAAUUAUUUUCUCGCCCCUCCCACCCUCGAUUUAUCGAUGUAUCAUUCGCGUUUCUUGCGUUGCGGGGACCAAUAAAUUCGUACGACCGCCGGAGUUGGCCGUGCCAAAAUGGGGAAGGAAGAGUUUCCACGGUUUCUUUAGUCUCGAUUGUUCAGUUUGCUCGCGUGAUUCCGGUUCGCCGCGAUACACCCCCAGAGAAUCGAAGACUGACGCUUUAGUUUCGUGUUCUAUCGUUGCUCUUACGACGAAAGUGUUACGUGAUAUCUGUUCACUGCCAUUUCGUUUCAUUUAUCUGUACGCGAUUCAAGCAUUUUUCGAGAGAUUCGGUCGACCAGCGAAGAACGGACACCGAUCGCAGACAUUAGAAGAGUAAAAAUUAUCGAACGAAAAAAAAAAAAAUGGAACGUUUCGUACGUUUAGAAAACAGACGCUAAUCUUUCCCGCGAAAAGGCUGCCAAAGAAGAGAUAAUCAGCUUUAAAAUUUCAUCGAUAUUUCAAUCAUUUGCGACGAAUCGGUUGCUCGUAUCGAACGUUUAACGAAAUAGCAAUAAUCUGUCCGAGAAAACGAACGAGAAAGAAACAAAAAGAGAGAGAUUCGCGAUAAAACGACAUAUAACGAAACCAAGAAGAUCCUGCAGCUGAGAAAAGAAAAAAAAAAGGACAACGUCGAAAAGUCCUCUGAACCAUGCGCGAGAGGAUUCCGCACGGAAUGGCGAAGCUUGUUUGAUUUAUUACCAGACGAUCGCUCACGGCCGAGUUCUCGUUUUGGUUGCCACCUACGCCCCGGUCGAAGAACCUUAAGCUUCCGGAGAAUCGGUCGGAUAAAAGGAAAUAAAGGAGUCGCGUGCUCGCGGACAAUAGGUUCGAGAAGAUUAAAAAAAAAAAGAAAAACAAUCCGCCUGACGAAUCAACGGUGCGGUUCUCUUUUUCCCUCGAGUGUGACUUUCACGAGAUAAAAUAUCGCGACGAAACGAUCGCUGUGAGAGGCCUGAAGCCUCUGCGAACGCUGUACCUCGCGGCUUCGUCGCCAAUCACCGUUUCCGGCGCGUAACUUUGUUCAUCGUGCUCGAUUGUACGCGGUAUAGAAGCUAAUAUUCUCGAUAUUUUCUUCUCUUCUCUAUAUCGAUCGUCGUUUCUACUUGUUCUUUGCCAUUCGGCUUUACCGUUUCGAAACGCAUACUCGUACAAAUAUCGUAAUUAAAUCAUUUGUUCCGCGACCUUCGAGCAGAUAACUCGUUUUCGACUUUUGUCCAAAUCCCAUGUCAAGCUAUUAAUUUUCACUCCUCUCUACAAAUUAUUCGACGAAUAACGGAUAACGCGAGUCCAACGAUUCCUCGUUAUCGUACGGAAACAACGUCUUCGUCGCAUAUAUCGAUAAACUGUUAACUGGAAAAUCGCACAAAAGUGUAAAUCGGCCAGAAUUUCUAAUAUUUCAAAUUCCACUACGAGCUUCCCAGACGAGAAUCGAAUACGGACAGGCGAUGAACGAGAUUACGCGCGGGGGAAAAAAAGUACGUUUUCCCUAAUGGGGCCGCGUUGUUCACGUGCACGAGGACAGUAAAGGUUUAUUGCCACGACCGGAUCAAACCCAUACGCAAACGAACCAGCCGCACGGUGCAAUUUAUCGGCGAACCUUUAUUGACGUCGCGCAUGAAAACGCAGCCCGCGUGUUUAGAGACACCCGCACGGCGACAGGGCAUCGGCCGCGGAAUCGCAUCGACGUUAAACCAACCCGGUCCUAGUAAUUCAUAUCCUCUGAACACCAUGCUGGCUCUGCGUUUACCACUUGGCUAUGGAUUCGACCAAAGGGUAUUCCGCGAAUUUUGCCGAAAUUCGCUUCAACUCUCGCCUUGACACGUUCGCUGCUCUUUGGAUCCGUUUUUCCUAUCGUACAACGCUAUAUGCUAAUAAAAAUUGUAUCUUUAUUUAUUAUAUUUAAUAUAUUGAAUAUUUAAUAGGAAUUAACACGAAAUACUUUUAAAUAAUUUCGGGAUUUCCAGUUCACGUGCCACUUCAAAUCGUACGCAGCGAACGUGUUGAAAUGAAAAGCGAAACUACGAUAAAUAUGUUACGAAAGGAAACUUUUCGUCCAAAUUUCCAUAUUUUCAAACGCUUAAGUAUUUAGAUUACGUUAUGUUUGUAAAAAAAAAAAUGUUCUGCGUUGUCAAUUUCUUCGAAUAUUCUUCCCUUUAAUUCUCAAAUCGUUCGAAUCGUUGGAUUUUGAAACGUAAGUUUCUGAAUUUGAGAAUUCCUGACGAUUACAGGCCGAUGGCCGCGUACGGGUGUGCGUGUAAAUAGACUACGAACGACUCGAUUGUAAAUAAAGGUAAAAUACACGUACGAGUUUUAACUAAUUCUAGAUCACGAUCUAAGUUAAACGAGUAACUAUGUAGAGGAUUAGACGUUAUUAAUUACGAUAUAAAAUCAUAUCCAUGAGCGCGCUGGUAUUAAGGAACGGAAGGUCGACGUUUAAGAGCAAGUAUUAUCCUCGCGCUUUCACGAUACUUGUCUUAUAUUUCAACUUUAAUCCCUGCGAUAUGAAAUUGACGAUUACGUUCAUGAAAAAUAUUUAAAUGUUACGAGUGGUUAACAGAGAAAGGUAUAUUCGUUUGAUUGUAUUCUCGCGGAUAUGUACUUGUAUUUCUUUGAUUCCGUCUGCAAUAUAUGAUUGUAAGUAUCGUCAGGGAAUGAUUAAUUAGAAAUGAAACGAAAGAACGCUUGUUAUUCCCUCGAUUAACACCAGUCUCCGUUGAGACACCAUGAACGAGAAGAAACGAAUCGACGAUGUAACGAGUAUAAGCGACUUCCGGUAGGCGCGCAUCGAAUCGACAAAAAUUUGCACGGUUCUAUGUACAUAAGUAAGCGUAAGUGUUGCCGAAACGAUAAUGGCAAGAACCGAGAAACUGCACAAGACGAUUAAGUUUAAUAAUGAUUUCUCGAUAAACUGUUGUACGUAAAAAGAAAAGAGAGCGUGAUAUAAAUGAACGGACGACCGUAAAACAGAAGGAAGAAAAAUCGGAAAGUGAGAAAGCAUAACGUAAAUAGGAAGUUUGUAAAACUCUGCGAACUGACUUGUACAGCGUUUAUCUCAGGCCUGUCCACGUAUAGGAUUCCCAAAUCGUUUAUUCUUCGUCAUAGUCUCGUGAUCUUCUCGAAAAAUAGUAUAGAGUAAAAGUAAUCAUAUCGUGUAGUGUCGAUACUUUAGAGGAUAAAUUUACAGUACAAAAUAAGAGAAAAAAGAAUUGGAAGCUAUAGCUCUAGCAAGAUUCAAGAUCCUAGUUCCGCAUCUACGUUUCUGCUUAGUAUCUGAAACUUAGUUCCUUAAUUAGAAAUGGUAUCGUUUUCUCAUUUUGUGCUCUAACUUUGUUCGUCGAAGAAUCGACAUAUAAUUAACCGAUCGAGUUAUCGAGCACUUUCGCAUGCUACGAUAAUUAUAUGGAUACAGAGUGCGGGAAAUGAUUUGGACGCUAUAGCGUAUCCUGUGAACAGGCCUGGUUUAUCUAGUAGCACAGAAGUUGUACGAGUUCCCGAACUCUUCCCGAAGACUGCCGAAAACGCUUAUUGUUUGAAACGCUUCGGCGCCCCGCAAUAAUCGUCGCUUCGAGCGAUGAAAAUUAACGAGUAAGCAUUAAGUAUCGCUUUCUCUGUCGUUUUCACGCAGAGUCAUACACGAUCAUUUAUCAGCAGUCGGUAAAUCGUUCGCGUAACUCUCUUUUUUAAGAUAUUCGAUAUCCUCCUUUCCUCGUCUUUCUUUUUCCUACGUUAUAAGUAAUAGAUUUUGUAAUGUACGAUAAUUCUACUUUGAGCGAAUCUGAUAUGAAACAGGAUAUUACCGACUGUCGGUAUAUCGAUAUUUGAGUUUAAAAUUCCCUUCGAACGAUUCGUUCGCGUCGCGAUAGAUAUGUAUGUAUUUAUAUACUUACAUUCAACGUUCUUUUUUUCUAUGCACGAUGGUUCUUUUCUUUCUAUUCGCUCGACAGUUUGCACCGAAAUUGUUCGAAAGCUUAACAUAGAAGUUAAACGAUUCACUAAUUUUUUUUAACACAUCGCCCACGGCACGAAUAUACAAAAUUAUACAACAAGGAAUAUACACUCGAUACCUCGAGACAGCGAAACUCUCGAUUUCUGACACUAUUACUGCAAGAAAAUAAUCAUAAACACAAACGGAAGAAUGCAUUACGAUGUAAGAAUAAAUUAUCCAAUUUACGGUGAGCGUGGAAUCAAGAACAGGCCCGACAAUAACAUAUGUGCACAUGCGCUCGUGCACCGUACAUGUUUACGAAGAUGUACUACCUAAAAAUGUUUAUAGAUGCGUCUAUCAGGCCGAUCAUAUGUAUUGAACGUGAAGUAAAACGAAAGAGUACUUACAUCACCCACUUAACGAAAUACUUUCGACAUACAAAUGAAUUUAAUGCAUUAAUGAACUUUACUCCAAAUUGUGAAACAUUACUGUAACGUUUAAAGUGAGAAAUUUCAACAGCUAUUACUAUUCAUAACGUAAACGUGAUAAUUGAUUGAUUAACACUAAUAAGAUCGCAUCGUUUGGUCUGAAAGACACUUCUAUGGAAUGGUUAAUGAGAAUGAAAGAGGAUCGAUCACCGUCAGACGUAAAAAAUUUCAACAGAACCUCCGGAAACAUGCUCACACGACAUGCAUAUAGUUACUAAUUAUACCAUUAUUGAUUACCGAUUCGAAUAUCGAGUAUGCGACAUUUUUAAUAAAUUAUUUUGAAGAUUG